AUGUUUGAUUGAAAUAUUGUCAUGUCUAACAUUAUUGGUGGAGUAAUUGAUUUUUAUAACGGACUCCCUUCGCUACUCCCCGAACGCAUCAUUGAGUUACCUGUAGAAAGAAUUGUUAUAAAAGAAUCUACCAUGAUUAUCGGACAGUCCAGACACUUUGUAAGACUUGCAGGUCUCUCCGGCGCUGUAGCCGUGGCCAUGUCAGCUUAUGGAGCGCACGGAUUUAAAGACGACGAAUCGAAAGAAAUGGCCCAAAGAAAAAAGAUCUUUGAUUCGGGAAAUCAUAUGCAUCUUAUCCAUAGUCUUGCCUUAUUGGGAUCUCCACUUACACGUCGACCAGUGUUGGUUGGAAGUUUAUUGACAUUAGGAAUACUAGUGUUUUCUGGAAGCUGCUAUUACAAUGCAAUGACAGGGGACAAGAGAGUUAGAAUGAUAACACCUUAUGGUGGUAUGGCUUUUAUUCUGGCUUGGUUAGCUAUGAUGCUAUGAGCUCAACCACUCAUUUAAAACAAUGUGACUGAUGUGUAGGUGUAUGAAUUACAUAGUAACAUGUUUCAUGCGUUGUGCAAGUUAAAUAUAGUACUUUCAAAAAA